AUGACAGCUGACGAAGAGUCGCCAUUUUUGCACUCGCCUCCGACCCCAGGAAUUCCUGUGUCCGACCUUGACCGAAGACGAAGGUCUGAGCGCGCGAACAAAUUGGUCAUCUACGGUUCUUUUGUUGGCGUGUUCCUUGCAUCCGCCGAUGAGUCACUUGUCAUCUCAACAUGGAGCUCCAUCGCGUCGCAAUUCAAUCGUCUGUCAGAAGGAUCAUGGCUACUGGUCGCGUAUAAUUUCGGUUAUUGUGUCUCACUGCCGGUGUAUGGUACCCUCAGUGACACGUAUGGACGGAAGAAUGUUCUCCUCUGGGCUUAUUCUCUGUUUGCUUUGGGAUGCCUGGCAUGUGGUGCCAGUGGUUCUUUGAUCCAGCUGAUUCUGGCCAGAGUAUUAGCUGGCAUUAGUGGGGGUGGCAUGGUUGCUCUGGUUUCUAUUAUCAUAACCGAUUUGAUGCCCUCCAACGAGGUGGCACUGUUCCGAGGAUAUGCAAAUGUGGUCAAUGUUGCUGGUCGAAGCUUGGGAGCCCCCGUGGGGGGCUUUCUGAUCGCGACGCUUGGAUGGAGAUGGGCUUUUCUAGGGCAACUCCCCCUUAUCAUUAUUUGCAUUGUGGUCGCAUAUUACGGUCUUCCCUCAUCGUUGAACCAAAGUAAGACACAUAACGACGAGGAUAACUCUCGAUCCAGAGCGUCAGACCUCGAUUAUGGCGGCAUUGUCAGCUUUGCUACCGCAAUUGUUAUAUUGUUAUUUUUGAUCCAAAGCUCGAGCACGACAUAUGAGCAAUCAAGACUGCCCUAUGUGUUAACGCCUGCGUUCGCAAUUGCUAUUGCAGCGUUCGUCCUGACUGAAGCAUACUGGGCCAGAAAGCCUUUGAUACCCUUAAGCCUAGUGAAAGGCUCCUUGGGAGGGUACUGCGUGGGGCAAUUGAUGCUCAUUACAGGUCGCUCGGCGCUCAGCAGUAAUAUGGUACCAUACUUUGUCCGAGUUGAAAAGGUGACUGAUUUCCUCGCAUCAUUUACCUACGUCGUCACUGCGGUGGGUGUCUCCGUCGGUGGCCUGAUCUCAGGUGCCAUCAUCAAACGAACCAAGAAAUAUAAGACCAUGACUAUAAUAGGAGUAGUAUCUACUGUCUUGCUGUCUAUUUUAAUUUUCAUGCGUUACCGCGAUGGCUGCUAUACCUGGGAAUUAUUUUAUCUCUUCCCGUCCGGCAUGUCAAACGGCAUACUCUUCUCCACGCAAUUCAUUGGGAUGUCUUUAUCUGCACCUAAAGAGCGGCUUGCAACUUCUAUCGGAAUAUAUUACCUCUCCCAGCAGUUAGGAUUUAUUAUCGGUCCGGCAGCUUCCGUCGCUGUCGUGCAACGGCUGUUUGCCAAUAGGCUUUCAGAAGGUCUGGAAGGGUUGAACGAGAAACAGUUUAUCCAUCAAAUUCUCAAUGAUCUGAGAUUCUCCGAGGGCUUAUCGGAAAGAGUCCAGAGUAUCGUUCGAUCAAGCUAUUUGUAUGGGUUUCAGUUUGUACCAUUACUUGGCACGGUGUCCACUUUGAUCAUGUUGCCAAUCGUGCUACUGCAGAAGGAAAGCAGGAUCGAAUGA